AUGUCCAAUGGUUUUUUCUCCUUUUCCUUUGUCUGUGAGGAAGACCUGCGCUUUAUCUUGGCGGGUGGCCCCUGGAUGCUGGGAAAAUCCUUGUUGGCUCUCAAAAAAUGGGAACUAGGAUUCAACCCGAAAGAAUGGAAAUGUAAUGAGGCUCCUAUAUGGGUGUGGUUGUCGAGUUUGCCUUUCGAGUAUUGGGGUGAAGAAAUAUUUGUUGGGAUUGCAGCGUGCUUUGGUGAACUUCUUUUAGUUGAUUCAAUGACUUUUUCUAAGAGGUGCUUGGUGUAUGCUAGAAUAUGUGUGAAUGUAAAACAAUCUUCUAACCUACCGAAUGAGAUUAAGAUGCUCUCAAAACUGGGCAGAUGGGUUCAUAAAGUGGAGUAUGAAUCUUUUCCCUUUGCUUUCUUUCACUAUAAAAAAGUUGGACAUUGGGCCAGGGAAUUCCCUUCUAAGCCUAAGUUUAAGAAGAUCUGGAAAAAGAAAGAUGAGAUGUCAGGAGUGGACCAGGUGGCACCCUUGCCUUUGGGUCCCCCUCCAAGCUUCGAUGGAGUGAGUGAUGUUUUGAAUUUUCAUGUUGAUGUGCCAAAUCUAAACCCUUUAAACAUGGAUCCAUCGAGUGAGGAAGGGGUUGUAGAGGAAAUUUCAACUCCUGAGGAUAUUUCCCAUGGGGAUAAGAUUUUGAUGGAGGUUAAUGGGGAGCAGGAUAUCCCCAUCCAUCUAGUUGUUGAAGUCAAUAACUCUAUGGAGACAAGGCUGCAGGCUGGUAAUUCUUAG